AUGGGGGUCUCACAGCGAUUAGCGCUUGCCUUUCCUCGCGCGUCGUUUCGGUCGGCCAGUCCCCAAUCACGUUGCAGGCUCCAUCCUCCCCAAUCCCCUGCCUCUCUUCAUCUCCUAGAUCCCACACGCCAUCCAUGUCUCUCCUCCACCAGUCCACUGCCACUCCAUGGCCUCGAUUCGGCCGGCGAGCUGCUGCCCCGCGCGGGAGUCUCUCGCCGCCGGCGCUUAGGGUUCGGCCGCGGCUGCUCGAUUGGAUGCACGGGCUCGCGAGUCCGCAAGGAAGAUGGACCGGUGAAGAAGGCGUUGGGGCUGUGGUGGGUGGCUAGGACAUGGGCGGCUGACGAGCUGCGAGGCGGCGAUGUCUACCGGCGCUCCUCCACUCCUUAUUUUUUCACCGGCAGAAACGAGCGCCGACCUCGUUUGUUCGUGGAGGAGUGCCGUGUUUCUAGAAACAAAGUCGUCAUCUUACUAGGAUUGUUGCAUCUGGUGACCACAGUUGAUGUAGGAAAAGGAGCAGGUGGAGCGAAAACAAAGAUUUGUCGGCCGGCCGAAGGCCACGGUCGCCCCGUACGGCGACGGAAGGGUGGCCGUGGGCGAGCGGUUGAGCGGGCGCGUGAGAAGUUGCAGGCCGACGGAAGAGCAGCGAUCGAGGAUGCAAGUACUGUUGGAGAUGGAGGAUUUACUCCACAACUUCGUUUCCUCCGCGUCAAGCUGACCCACAGAGAUCUGGAUCAACCGGUUCUCCUUGUCUUUAGAAGUUCUCCAUACAUGGUGGAAGCACAACUUGAAUCAGAUGCUAGACAACUGCAGUAUUAUAAGGAACUUUGGGAGGAGAGGGCUGUCACCAUCGUAUGGAGGAGCGCCAACCGCUACUCCGUCGGAAGGAGCUGCCGACACCACAGGCAGGCGUUUGUCCUCGCCUCGGCAAGGCUGUGGUGCCCCUGGUUACAAGAUCAAGGAGAUACAAUGACAUUUAAUAAAAGCCAAGGGCAGAUAUUUACCAAAAACUACUCUUUCUCAUGGCCAGCUUUAUAUUGCUAUAUCAAGAGUGACUUUGAGAAAAGGGUUGAAGGAUGUUUCAGAACUAAAAAGAACUUUUUAUUUGAUGCAAUCUGUGUGCUCCCAGCUGACAUGUUAAGUUUCUGUAUCACAUAUAUGGAUUUCUCUUAGCGUCAAGUCCAUUUGUUUGUAGCUAUAUGUGCCGACUGUGAGAACGCCUUUAUGUUGUCCAUGCUAAGAGGCCAAGGUUCUUAACCACGGUUUCCGUCUGCCGGUGCAAGGAUGUGUCCACAAAAUCCUCUUCAUUGUUCUUCGAUGUUGACUGGAGAUAUUUAGUGUUAUACCUUCCUAAAACAGUCAACCAAGUAUAGAUACGCGUUUGUGGAUUAGUCCAUGUACUUCCACAUCAUGUUAGAUUAUGUGUUGUUAGUUUGUCACUGUGUGGUUGCAAUCAAUGUACUAAGUGGCACUCUUGAUCUUACACAUCUUUAUGUUAUUUCUAAUUGACCAGUUAACUUAAUAGUGAGAGGUGAUCUUCCUGUACUA